GUGCGUUCGACGCCGACGCGCUGUCUUGCAGCACCGACACGAUAGUUCUGAAGUCUUCUGGCCUGGUGGAUGUGGACGCAGGCUACAACUUUGAUCAGAAGGAGUUCGGAUACGAUCGUGUCUUUGGCGACAGCUCUACGCAGGAGGAGGUGUACAAUGCGAUUGGAGAGCCGUUGGUGAAAAACGCCAUGAACGCAUACAAUGGAUGCAUUUUUGCGUACGGCCAAACGGGUUCUGGUAAGACCCACUCCGUAGUCGGAGAUCUUACCAGUGAAACUGGCAGUGGAAUCCAGCCGCGUUCGUGUAAGCGCAUAUUCGAGUUGCUGUCUCAAAGAAAAGGCGACAACGCGAGCUUCGAGGCAACAUGCUUGGCGACUUACAUGGAGAUAUACAACGAGAAAAUAUUCGACCUGCUUAGCGCAGGUAAUAACUCCAAGGACGAGCUGAAUGUGCGCUUACACCCGACUCUGGGGCCGAUCGUGCCGAACCUCAUGGAGUGCCCCAUCCAGAACUAUUCGGACACCAUGGAACUCUUCGACUAUGGCGCCAAGAGGCGUGCUGUAGGAGCCACGCAGAUGAACGAGGUGUCCUCGCGCUCCCACGCCAUCUUCACGCUGCAGAUCCGGACGUCCAUGAGAACCUCCGCCGGCAGCACUGUCGAGAGCCAGGCCAAGAUCCACUUCGUGGAUUUGGCCGGCAGCGAGCGGCAGAAGAAGACGCAGGCAACUGGCGCGAGGCUGAAGGAGGGGAUAGGCAUCAACCAGUCCCUGUCCACCUUGUCGCGCGUGAUCUCGGACCUGGCCACAAAGGGCGGCAAGGCGCUACCGCCGUUCCGCGAGUCCAAGCUCACGCUUCUUCUCAAGGACGCCCUCAUGGGCAACAGCCGCACAGCCCUGCUGGCCUGCAUCGGCCCUGCCAAGUCCAACAUACUCGAGACCAUCAGCACCCUCGAGUUUGCUGCCCGGUGCAAGCUCGUGCAGACGAAGGCGAGAAGGAACGAGGAGUCCAGGGCCACAGUGAUACAGAAGCUGACGGCUCAGAAGGAGGCCAUCCAGGAGCAGCUGCAGCUGGAGAAGGCGAAGAGCGAGGACCUCUGCAGGCAGCUCCAGAUGGAGCUCGAGAAGGUGGAGCACUCGGAGCGCAGCGCCGAGGAGGCGCUCGCCGCCAAGAGGGCCAUCGAGGAGAGGCUGCGGGAGCUGGAGCUCGAGAAGGAGUCGAUGGAGCAGGCCUUCCAGGAGAAGGCCUCGCAGGAGAAGGCCUCCCAGGAGCUGGAGGCCAGGCGGGCCCAGGAGACCAGCCCCACCCGCAGCGCUGCCAGCCGGUGGCGCGUCGCCGGCACGGUGGCCGCGAAGAUGGCGGAGCUGGAGAAGCGCAGGCGGGAGGAGGUCACCAAGCUGGAGGAGCGCGAGAGGACGUCGCAGGAGCUGCGGGCCAAGAUGGAGGCGGAGCUGCAGGCCCAGAGGGCCCGCGAGCUGGAGUGCCAGCAGCAGAUGGAGGACCUCAGGGCGCUGCAGGCGAGCUGGGCCGUCGACCAGCAGGAGAUCCAGUCGAGGCGCGAGGAGCAGCAGCGGAGCCGCGAGGAGGAGAUGCAGAGGCUGGGCAUGCACCUCACCGGCCUGGACUCGAGGGACUUGGCCUCGGCGCCGCGGCUGGUGAACCUGCACCCAGACCCAGCGCUGAAGGGCUGUCUGGUUUACUACCUGCCGAUCGGGGACGCCGUGAUCGGCUCCGACGAGGAAAAGUGCAGGGUCCGGCUCACCGGCGCUGGCAUCGGUCCGGAAGCUUGCGUGGUUGCCAACGCUGACAACGUGUCGUUGUCGGUGAAGCCCAUGGGCAGCCAUUGCCUCCUGAGGGUCAACGGCGCGCUGGUGGAGGCCGCCGGGAAAUCCUUGGCCGACGGCGACCGCUUGGCAGUUGGGCGCGCCGUGAUCUUCAAAGUCCACAUACCGAAGGACCCGGACCCACAGGAAAAGGGCGAGACCGACGGCACUCUCGAGUUCGACGCCGCGAUGGAGGAGGUGGCGGCAUGUGCGCAGGUGGACCCCCUCUGGGAGAACGGGCUGCGGAAGGCCAUGCACCUCGUCCGGAGCGACUACGGGGAGAGCGCCGCGAACGACCUGCUGGCGCGGGCGAAGCGCGCAUCGGAGGUCAUCUUGAAGAACAAAUAGCGGCAUAAACAUAAUUGCACAU